UAACUAGUCCGCGUCAACACAGAAGUGACAGAAUACGAUGAAAGUGACCGAUAACGAAACUCGUUGGGCAAAAAUCGGCGAAAUCAAAGACUUAUCGUUCAUCGGCAAAGAAGUCGUUUUUUAUGGCACGGGCUGUCAUCUCAUUUUUAUCAAUUUAAGCACCAGCGAAGAGCUUUUAUACACAGCAAACAAUGCAAAAGUCGGUGAUGGGAUCCAGUGUUUUAAUGGCCAUAGAACCAGCCCUGUUUUCGCAUUCGCUGAGAAAAAAACAAAUCCGACGCUGUUUAUCAAGAGUUACCCAAACUUUGACGAAAUCCACCAAUUCAAAGAUGGCGCAGCUCGAGGGUACAUUGCGGUGGCUUUUUCGGAAACUUCCCUCCUGAUCACAUUAGGGGAUUUACCCGAUUUUAAUAUAACCGCCUGGAAUUGGCGACGACACGAGAAAAUCGCCAGUCAAAACGGCACAAUCUUGAUGCAAAAUCAAGCCUUGAGAUGCAACCUUACCAGCCCGGUUUUUUUGGCACAAAUGGGUCUCCACAGUAACAAACUCCACGUCUGGGACAUUUUCGUCUGUGGUAAAAAAUGUAUUUUGACACAACAUGUAGUGCGCAUCGAGGAGAAUUGCAGCCCUUUUACAGGAAUUGUGUGGACAACUGAAGGAGGGCUUUUUGUUUUAGAUGCCUCAGGCUCUAUCUACACGAUGUUUCCCGACCACCACUUGGAAAAAGUGAUAGAUUCCCCCGACUCUGGUCCUUACCCCACCUCCUUCACUUGGUACAAAUUCGGUCUUGCCGUCGCAGGUCCAAACCUUGAAAUUCGGCACUAUAAAAAAUCCGGUACUUGGACCAUGGAUUGGUCAUUAGUACCACCACAACCAAUCCAGAAAAUUCAAUCCAGAUUCGAUUAUUUGAUCGCAAUAACGACAAAAUUUGACCUGAUUCAAGUAAUGCCAACACAGAACGAUUUCAAAUAUGUGAAAAUAAACGAAUCCCAAUUUGACGACUUUUGUCUGGUUUACCCCACUGGGGAGUAUCUCUUAGCUCUGACUCACAAUCAUAUGGUUAAUUCCUACAAGGUGGCAACUGGAGAAAUGAUGGGCACAAUCGAACUUGAUGGAACCGCAACAGUGAUCGUUGAAAACCCCAAAUUCCCGUAUGCCGCUGUUGGUUUUGAAAGUGGAAUCCUCAAUUUAGUCUCGGCUUAUAAUCCUCAAAAACUGACAAAAAUGACCCAGUUUUUCCUCACAAAACAUCCCACAAACAGCAUCCGAUUCAACGAAUGUGGCACCGUUUUCGUAGUAGGCCAUUUGACAAUCGGGCGUUUUUUCGUAGUCGAGGGAAUCCCCGGAGGCCAAAUGGAAGUUAUAGCUUUAAUAGAUGCCCAAAGACAAAUCGCCGACUACACUAUAGUUAUCUCCCAAGACUGCUACCGGAUUUUCAUGCUUCCGGUAACCUCCGACCAAUUCAUAGCCGGAAACAUGAUCCUUCGGUAUUGCUACAUCAAAAACAAGGGAACAGACGUAAAAGAGUAUUUUUUUGAAGAGAAAAACACGCUUUUUGUGCGAAUGGUUGCAACAACUGGAGUUAACAGAGACCGAUUAUUUUAUCUAAUCCCGCUAGAGGGUAAAACAAUCUCUGAGGUUGAAAUCAAAAAGAGCGAAAUUUUAGCCAAAAUCACCAAACACAUAAUCACUGGCCACCAAAUGCAAAAUAUUUAUUUCCGGCUUGAUAAAAAGAUUGCUUUGACUUGGGGAUACGAUGGGUUUGUUAUAGCACGAGGAGCAGAUUUUGAGACCAACAUCGGAAUUGGGUUACCCCACCAUAGAAUGCAAGGAGGAGUCAAAAAAGCUUAUUUAGGGCCCCAUCAAAAAUACAUGAUAACACUUGGAAGAGACACAGUUUUAGCGUGCACAAACCUAAUGGAAAGGCGAAUCGAUUCAAAAUUGAAGCAAGAAUUUGAAGACACUUUAAAUUCUGACGAUUACAAACUCCUUUUCACCAGACGAACUUUAGGAUAUUUUCCUCGAGGAAUUUACGAAGGAAAGUGUUACUUAGAGGUACAAGAAAUGAAAAAAAUAGAAAAGGAGUAUCUUCAAUGUAAAAAAGAACGAGACUCGAUUUUGGCCGAAUUUCGAUCAAUACAAAAAGAACUCCAAGAGUUGCUAACAGCAAAUCUUGAAGGCCCCGAUAACGAAAAACUUGACAUGAAAGAAUUCAAUCUAAAUACAACCCUAUAUAACCAAAAGGCCGAGUUUAACAGAAAAUUGAAGAAAGCCACUGAACUAUACUUAAAAAAUCUGAUCCAAGCCCAAAAUAUGAUUUCCAACUAUAUGGUUACUAACUUUUGGGACAAAAUGAAGGUCCCCGGAGCUGCGAUUAAGGCCAUCUUUGCCAAUUUCGAGGUGACAAAUUAUGUUUUGCGACCGCCGGACCUUAACCGCGAAGAGGUUCUCAACUGGAUUAGACACCAGAGACGAAUCGAGCGAUAUUUGAGUGAAAUGAACUCAUUUCAUCCGUGGGAACCCAUGCCUGAAGACAAAUUGUUGGAGUUGGUGUCAACUCGACCGUCACUCCCGAUCAAAGACGAGCAUUUGGCCGUACUGUCGGCGCUUGAAAUCGACGCUCCGGAAAUUGAGGUUGAGGAGGAAGACUUUGAGUCGAAAAUUGCAUUUUCCGGAUCAGACACUGCGAGAUUUAUUGAGGUCCAGGACGCUCACUAUUUGCAAAACGAGCUCCAAACCUACUUCCAAACUGAACUACAGUGGAUUAUUUCUAAAAGCGAUUCUUACAAGUUGAAAGAAUUCUUCAAUGAAAAAUACGAGAAGGUUAUGUUACAAAAAAUGAAAGAAAUGACAAGUAUCAAGCAGAAGAAUGAGCGUCUGCGCCAUAUAGUCUCAGAAAUCAAUUACUUUUCCGAUGAGAAAAUCUAUGUAAACAUUGAUGAUCCCCAUUGGGAGCAAGUGGAAACUCCAGAACUUUUAACACAAGUCAAGGAUUGUGAAGUACCGGUAACUCCCUAUAUUUCACCAAGUGAGCAAGCAAUUCUUGAUGCUAAAGCAGCAGAAGCCGAAAGACUGCGUCUGCUACUCCUCGCUGAUGAUUUUCGUGAAAGAGCCUUAAUGGCUAUGAUGAACGGAGUUUUGGAAGUUCGAUGGGAGGACGAACUUCGCAAAGAAGUUCCUCUUCCCAAAUGUAUGAUUGAAAAAGAGCCCGAAAAUUUCAAUGAAGAUGAUCUAAGAGCUGUACGAGAUUACGAGGACAAAGUCCAGUUUUUGAACAGCGAGAGGGAGCGCUACAAGAGUCUCUUAAGGGCCGAAUAUGCCAAACUGGCAAAAUCUGUCCGAGAAAAUAUCAAGAAAUUUAAUAAUAAAUUGAGUGAAUUGCUUCACUUGAGAUUGGAAGUUGAUGCAGCUAUCAGUCAUGAGAGUUUAAGAGUUACCAGAAUAAAACUUUUUCAAUACAAGAGAAAACUGCUGUUCCAGAAAGAACAAGAAAUAUUGCAAAAAAUCGCAAAUAAUGAUGAAGUGGUCGCAAGUCUCCACAAACUCAUGACAACUUUGCACGAAGCGGUGAGCGAGUGUCGCAACUGUAUUGAGUCGUAUCAAGUCAAAGAAAAAUACCUUGAGCGUGCUUUUAAGAAAGAUUUCCAAGAUUUGUCAAUUGUGGUUCAAGAACAAGCCACGAAAUUGUUGAAGAAACGUCCGAAAAUCAAUCACCGAUUGUUUAGUUCGGUUACAAUUCUUAAUGAGUUAAGCAAAUGUAUUAUUUUGGGUACCAAAUCGAUGAGGUUGAAUCAGGAAGCUUUGGAUUUUUUGAAACAGUUGGAUAAUUUGGAUUUGUAUGUUGGAGUACCGACGAUUAUCGAUGAGCACACCUAUGCUGUGAUUUGCAAACAUCGGAGACUGAGGAUCGAAUACGAAGUCAAGUUGAAAGCUGCUCAAAGCGAGUUAACUGAAGCUGAAACAACCUCAGCUGCGUUUCAUAAGCGAUUGCACCACAAAAAAGAACUUGGGGCAAAGCUACACAAUGAUUUGAACGACGUUCGACAAGAAUUGAUGUUGAUGAUGUGUAACGGCGAUGUGCAAAUUGUCCUUCCUCGAGGAUUAGUUGAGAUACCUCUAAGUGGAAGUAUGUCCGAUUAUGAGGAUGCAGUCCUGAUUUGUCGUAAAGAUGUUGAAGAAAUCAACCGAAUCAUUUUGGAAUUCGGUGGUAAGAAAAUCAAAGCUCUGGAGCUCGGUAUGAACUUCCGGAGAAGAAUUUUGACACUGGAGUGGGAACAUAAGAGAAGAAGGAUGCUGAUUCAGGAUCUUCAAGAGAAGAUUAUUGAUAUUGACGGUGUCAGGUUAACUAAAGAAAUUCAGUUUUAUUUGAAAAGCAAAGAUAAAGAGAAAGCAAUUCCAUUUGAUACUGAGGUUGACAUGAUCAAAGCUUCAUACGAAAACACGAUUCAAGACAGGAAAGACAAAGUAAAUCGAAUGCAAAAACAAAUAAAUGCGAUUAAAGCACAUGAUAAACUUGUUGAGAAAAAAAUCACAGAAUUGAACGUCGAUGUGUGCGAAUUUAAUUUAGUCAAAGAUGACGAGCUUGACGUCAGAGAACGAGCCAUGAUCGAUGCAAGAAUGAAAACGUUGCUAACGAGGUCUAGAUUGGUCCAGCAGAUUCAGGACAACCACCAUGAAAUACUCAUGUUGCAAACGGAGUUGGAAUUGUUAAGACUUAAGACUUUUCCCACUCUCAAAUACAAGUUGUGUUAAGUUUAUUUUGUAUUUAAUAAAUAAAUUCAU